AUGACUACACCGGCCGUCGAAGUGGAUGACUUUGGCCUCCCCAUUAGGCGUUAUCCCACUCCCAAGAACGAUGCACCUGUCGAGCCGAUCACAGAAGAGAAGGGCAGCUCGUCCACAAAUGCCGUAGGCGGUGAACAACCGAAGGCUCCCGAGGAGAAAGCAGAAAAGACUCCGACCGCCGCCGUUCCCGAGGCCACGAAGCCAGUCGAUAAUGACGAUGACGAUUUUAAGGAUGCCCGCUCUCAACAGCCUACACCUGUCGAAGAACCAGCCUCGAAACCGUCUGCUCCACAGGAACCGCCUGCGCCGGUCGAGUCUAAGCCUGUGGUACAAACAAAAUCCCCUGAGCCAAACACGGCAUCCACCAGCGACUCCAAAUUGAAGGAGCCCGCAGAACCACAGACUGAGUUUUCCCACCAGCACAUCUCUACAAAGGUCGAGGAAAAGGAGAACGAGGAUGAUGGAUGGCAGGAAAUGCCGUCGUAUGCCAGAUAUGAUAUGUAUAAUGACGACAACAAGUUGAUUGCUAAAGAAUACGACCCCGAGGAGGAUGAGAAAUAUGGCUACGCAGGACUUGGAGGUGCCGGCAAGGGCUACACCCGUGUCUUUGUAGACGACGAUGCCGAGUCGGCAACGAGCAUGGACGACAACACACAGUAUCUCUUCAGGCCGACCAAUGGAACGAGCAUGGUUGACGACGAUGAGGGGCGUGAUGCCAUCUCCCAAAUGCAAGCAACCAAGGAUCUUCUCACGGAGGGACAGAGAGUCGCAUACGUCGGCUUGGUACGUCUGGAGAUUGUCAAGAUGGUGAAGGAGGCGGAAACCCUAGAGACAACCAAGAAGACGAAAAAAGAAGUGGGCAUCUCAGCUGAAGCCAUGAUGAUGUGGGGACAAAAGAUGAUGCUCCGACUAUACGCUCAUAUGGAAAUCAACGCGGCCGAGCAGGUCAUGAUUGAGCAACUUGCUGAUCAUGGAGUCAUGCCUCAGGACCUGUCACCGGCACUCAACACCAACGCGAGAGUGGCGAACCCUAUGGCCGAAAGCACCUCAGGAGGCACCUCGACACCUGGUACGCCGUCACUGUUCUCGGGAGACGAGACACCGACGGAAGCCCCUCCACCUUAUGAGGCCCCUGACGUCGAGGAACUUCCCGACGUCAAGACUCCCUCUCAGCUUCCAACAACUGCCAAAAUCGAUAUUGACCUCCGUUGGACCGUCCUCUGCGACCUGUUUCUGAUUCUAAUUGCGGACUCGAUCUACGACGCACGCUCGAGGGUUCUGCUGGAGCGGGUCGGCCAGAGCCUUGAUAUCUCGUGGCUCGACAUCUGUCGAUUCGAGAAGAAGGUUACGGAAGCAUUGGAAAUGCAGCAAGCCGCCGAAAAAGAGAAUUGGAACGAGGACGAGCAUACAGAGGCCCGCAGGAAGAGGGCAUUGACUCGACGCUACGUUAUGAUGGGCCUGGCUACCGUGGGUGGUGGAUUGGUAAUUGGUCUCUCUGCUGGACUGCUGGCACCCGUCAUCGGUGCUGGUUUAGCUACUGGUCUGACGGCCAUCGGAGUGACGGGUACGAGUGGUUUCCUGGGCGGUGUUGGUGGUGCAGCCAUCAUCACAUCGGGUGCAGCGACGACAGGAAGUAUCAUCGGUGGCAGGGCGGCCGGCCGAAGAACUGGUGCAGUUAGGACGUUUGAGUACCGGCCACUACACAACAACAAACGUGUCAACCUUAUCGUGACCGUUUCAGGGUGGCUAACGGGCAAGGUCGAUGAUGUCCGGUUGCCUUUCAGUACGGUGGACCCUGUCAUGGGAGACCUUUAUUCAGUCCUAUUCGAACCCGAGAUGCUUCGAAGUAUGGGAGACACCAUUAAUAUCCUGGCUACUGAGGCCCUCACUCAGAGUAUCCAACAAAUUCUGGGUGCCACCAUUCUGGCCGCUCUCAUGUCGGCAAUACAGCUUCCGAUAAUCCUUACCAAACUUUCAUAUCUCAUCGAUAACCCCUGGGCAGUUUCUCUAGAUCGAGCCACAUCUGCUGGUAAGAUUCUGGCAGAUUCCUUGCUCGAACGUAACCUGGGAACUCGCCCAAUCACGCUCGUCGGAUUCUCCAUCGGAGCUCGAGUCGUCUUUUCUUGCCUACAGGAGCUAUCUAAGAAGGGUGCGGUUGGUAUAGUUCAAAACGUCUACAUGUUUGGCUCGCCUAUCGUCGUGAACAAGGAUGAGUAUAUCCGAGCCAGGACGGUGGUUUCUGGGCGGUUUGUCAACGCCUUCAACCGCAACGACUGGAUCCUGGGAUACCUGUUCCGACUGACGAGCGGAGGUAUCCGUCGAGUUGCGGGUCUGGCUCCGAUCGAGGACAUGCCCUGGAUUGAGAACAUGGAUGUGACGGAUCUCGUGGUGGGCCAUAUGGACUAUCGACAACAGAUGCCAACCCUACUUAUGAGGUGUGGAUGGUCUGUUGAGAGUGAGGAGUUUGUUGAAAUUGAGGACCCGGAUCCAGACAAUCACGCCGAGCGACAGAGGGAGCUUAUCAACGAGAUCGAAGAGGCACGAAGAGAGCUAGAAAAGGAGGGAAAGUCAAAGAAGAGCGGGCGGUUCAGCUUCUUCGGGCGACGAAAGAACGCAGAAAAGCAAGACUGGGAGAUCUACGACGACGCGAAAAACAAGGGUGAAGUUAAGGGCGAGGCCAGCACCAAGGAGGGGGACGCCAACCAGGGCGUGCUGUUUGAUAUCGAUGCAAUCAGGGCAGAGAUUGCCAAAGAUGCACGCGGGGGCAACGCAGAGGAGAUCCAAGUGAAGGAGAUCAAGUCAACGCUGCCUCCAAUGAAGUUGGAUAUGGCGUCGAUUCCAUCGUCCCCGGCGGCUGUCAACAGUUCUCGAGACGACCUAACUGCACCUCGGGACUCGCGCGAAGCUGGGGCAUCACAGGAGCGCUCGCGCAGUUACACGCCGAGCUACACGCCGAGUUACACCAGACAGGCAUCGCCGCCAGACUAUGGCGCAGCGUAUGGUGGAGGAUUUGGCUCGGGACAUGGCAAUGCAUACGGCUCGGGCCGGGAUGAGGACGAGAUCCAGAUGACGUUUGAUACGUCGUUUGACGAUCCUCCACGAUCGACAACAGUGCCACCAAAGGAGGAGACACCGAACCGGCCAGAGAUUAAGUCAUCUCAUACGCUGCCAACCAUGACCAUACAAGACCCCUGGAAUGACCUGGAUGAUGACGACUUUGGCAAGGAGAAGGAGAUUUCGAUGACAUUUGCGUAAACCUGCCAGACUGGAGUUCUUUGAUGGGCGACAAGAGCGGGUGACAAUCAGGAUGACGAGAUGAGGCCAUCUGCACCUAUCCGAAGGCGUUUCUUGGUUGAUGGGUGAGGAAGGGGAUAGAUGUUAGAUUCCCGGCCAGCCUUUUCAAGUUUGUUCGGAGGCGUAGCUUAUUUUUGGAUGUGGUUGCGAUCCUUGGAGCAAAACGGGCCUGGCAUUAGUCUCAUAUCUAUGUGGUAUGAGCAACGAGCAGAUGAACAAAGCAGCAAGCAGUACAAGACAGAAGAUAUAUCAUACCCACCACCACAUAUUCAAGGUUCG